AUGUCCAGCAUCUCCGAAUCUUUGAAACUUCCCCUGGGGGAAGUCAAAUAUAGACCUGGCAGAAUACAAUCCCUCACCCCGGAGCAAGAAAUAUCAGUUAAACAAACAUGGGCUUAUUUGUUGAAGUAUUGGGGCUACGAUGUCAAGAUUCCGAUUGAAGAUUUAACUUUCCGAGAAAGUUUUAUAGCAUCAACCCCAAGUAUCUUUUCAUCUACUCCGUUAAAGCGAAGUCAAACCAGAGACUCGUUUGCGUCAGGCACUUCGAGUAUCAACCAUACCCCGAAAAGAAGGAGUAAACUCUUUGGAAGGAAAAAGGCUUGUGCCACUCAGUCAGUCAAUUCUAAAAGAUUGAAAGAAAUUCAACUGCUUGGCCACGAAAACAGAUACCAGAAGCUAACUGCUCCAACAGAUACCACUAGAUAUAUUUAUACCCAUCAUUACCGCCAGGGGUUUGAAUAUUCACCGGAGUAUGCCACAAGCUCCUUUGAAGAAUCGAAAGAAUCUUUCCCCGAUUCUGAUAUCGAUUCAUUUGAAUCUUAUACUACUGCAUGUACCUCCAUAAAUGAGCCGUUAUCCAGACCUACCUCGACGAUAAGAACUGGGAACCCACCAGAUCCAAAUUCAAAAGACACUCAGAAAGCUCCUAAAAAGAUACCAUCCAUCAUCAAGGGCAACAUGAAUUGCCAUGCUCCGGAUUUUCCUCAGCUAAACAAAUACAAACCAGGUGAUCUUCAUAAUGCAUUUUAUCAAUCUUGUAGACAGGAUUGUAUAGAUAAUUACUUGUUGAGAUUCAUUCGUGCUCGUAAAUGGAAUACUCACGAUGCUUUGGCCAUGUUCUCCAACUCCUUGAAUUGGCGUCAAAAUGUCUAUCCAUCUUACGAUUGGCUUUUAGAAGGUGAUGCUAAAUCUUACUUGAACGAUACAAAUCCUGGAUUUGUCAAGAAUUACACUGCUGAAAAAUGCAGAAUUAGAGGUAAAGAUCGUCAAGGUAAUCCAGUAUUUUACUUUGAAUCCCGAAAACAUUUUGCAUCCGAUGCAACCCCACAAGAAAUGGAACGUUUUGCACUCACCACCAUUGAGUGGUUUAGGUUAUACUUACGUGAUAUUACUGAAUCAACCGAUACAGCAACCGUGGUUUUUGACCUAUCAGGAUUCUCGCUUAAGAAUGCCGAUAACCCAACCACCAAAUUUUUGGCUGAAGUCUUUGAAGCUCAUUAUCCAGAAUUUUUGAACAAUAUCGUUAUUCACAAAGCUCCCUGGAUUUUCUCUACUAUUUGGAAUAUCAUCAAAAAUUGGUUGGAUCCGGUUGUUUCUUCCAAAAUACAUUUCACCAAAGAUAUCAACGAGAUUGGUGUUUUUAUAGAUCGAAAACAUUUACCCUCCCGUAUCGAUGGUGAAGAUGUUGACGAAAUUGAGUAUACUCCUCCAUCGAAAAAUGGGGAUAAACCUCCAUUGGCUAAAAAUAUGAACUAUCACAAUUUGCGUAUCGAACGAGACGAAUUGCUCAUGCUAUUCUUCGAUACAACCAUUAAGUGGAUUGAAGCCGUCAAUCCAGAUGAAAGUGCUGCUUAUUAUAAAGAUAAAUUAGAUCUUAACUAUAGAUUGGCUCACAAUUAUGUCCAAUUAGAUUCUUAUACUAGAAUUCCCGGGGUUUUCGAUAGAGAUGGUCAUCUCAAACUUGGAUACUGA